AUGGGUGGAUUCCAGGUGAGAGAGAGACUGCUGGUGAUUGGUUCAGGUGUUGUGACUGACAAGCUGCUUGCUCAGGUUGAGUAUGAAGUUGAAGUGGAGCUGAAUGUAACAGAUAUCGAAACACUGAACCACCUCAGGAGCCAGCUGAUCAAUGGCAGCUAUUUUUUGGCUUUGGGUCCCACUGUGAAUGUCACACACAUUAACAUCACUACAGUUUGCUCUCUGACCAUCGAUGGCUUCCAGUGCAGAUGUGAGGAUCAGUUUCGCUGGUCAUGUGACCAGUGUCUAAAGUACGGAUCUUGUGACAAUAUCACUGAUGGCACAUGUGGAUGCAUUGGUACUGUUCCGCCUGAUGGACAAUACUGUCAGUCUGUGUAUCAGCACACUCCUGCAGUUGUCUUUGAAUACCUGAUUACUGUUGAGCUGAACACCACAGAUGUCACACUGAUCGAUGGACUGAGGAACGUUCUGAACUCCACCAAUUACCCCAUCAUCCUCAACGAGCAAAUACAACUGUCUGACGUCAACUUUACUACAGUUUGCUCUAUGAGCAGUGAUGGUUUCCAGUGCACAUGUGAGGAUCAGUAUCGCUGGUCAUGUGACCAGUGUCUAAAGUACGGAUCCUGUGACAACAUCACUGAUGACACAUGUGGAUGCAUCAAUGCCUUUUUUCCUGGUGGACAACACUGCCAGUCUGUGUAUCAGCACAACUUCACAGCUUGUCCUCUCACAACAACUCAACCACCAACAACUCCUGCAGUUGUCUUUGAAUACCUGAUUACUGUUGAGCUGAACACCACAGAUGUCACACUGAUCGAUGGACUGAGGAACGUUCUGAACUCCACCAGUUACCCCAUCAUCCUCAACGAGCAAAUACAACUGUCUGACGUCAACUUUACUACAGUUUGCUCUAUGAGCAGUGAUGGUUUCCAGUGCACAUGUGAGGAUCAGUAUCGCUGGUCAUGUGACCAGUGUCUAAAGUACGGAUCCUGUGACAACAUCACUGAUGACACAUGUGGAUGCAUCAAUGCCUUUUUUCCUGGUGGACAACACUGCCAGUCUGUGUAUCAGCACAACUUCACAGCUUGUCCUCUCACAACAACUCAACCACCAACAACUCCUGCAGUUGUCUUUGAAUACCUGAUUACUGUUGAGCUGAACACCACAGAUGUCACACUGAUCGAUGGACUGAGGAACGUUCUGAACUCCACCAGUUACCCCAUCAUCCUCAACGAGCAAAUACAACUGUCUGACGUCAACUUUACUACAGUUUGCUCUAUGAGCAGUGAUGGUUUCCAGUGCACAUGUGAGGAUCAGUAUCGCUGGUCAUGUGACCAGUGUCUAAAGUACGGAUCCUGUGACAACAUCACUGAUGACACAUGUGGAUGUAUCAAUGCCUUUUUUCCUGGUGGACAACACUGCCAAUUCAACAACAGUUUACACAACAACUGGCAACACGACAAUUACCACAGCACCGACCACAAAUACAACAAUUCCUACGCCUUAUGUGAAUACGACACCAAGUACAACACCAACAACAGACGUAACAAAUUCAACUCCUGGCAGUACAACAAAUCUGAACACUACAACACCUCCAACAUCACCAACACCUACACCAGAUACCUGUAA